GAAACGCAACCACCGAAACGAAAAGCAUAAAGUAGUUUCUAAAUCUCGCUAAAUGUUUUCUCUGUUUUCAACUCGUUUCGUCCUCCUUUCAGGUACCAAACCCCACCCCUCCCAUUCCCUCCCUUUCCUCUCCAUAGAUUUUCUUUCUCUAGCUCGGUGUAUACGUAUUUGUAUAUUUUUUUAGCUUUGUAUCGAAACAAUUGAUUUUGGGAUUUCUUCAAUUUUCUUUUUUUUUUUUGAAUUUCUUUUGGGCGUCGGAGAAUUUAAAUGAUUAAUUCUGUCGUCAUAGUAUAUUUAUAUAUAUAUAUUUCUGCUCGUCUUCCUCGAAGCAAAUUAAACAUAGCUCCUCCUAUUAGUGGGUUUAUGUUUUUAAAAUUUUUUUCUUUGUUAAUUUAAAGCAUUUAUUUUUUUAAAAAGCAUUUAUAACAUGGACAACUUUGAGUAUCUUGAAUUUUGUGAUCUGGGUCUUGCUUGUUUUUUAUUUUUUUGGUCCGUUGUUCUUGGUUUUGUGCGUUAUUAUAGAUCGGUUACGAGAAAGAAUUGGUAAAUAGGGACAAUUCUUUAUGGGAUUACUGUGAAUUAAUUUUAUAACCUCAUUUGAGUACAACGUAAGCAAGAAACAAAGUAAAACGAAUUCAAGAAUAAGGGGAUUUGCUUCGAUGUGAUUUGAUUUCGGUAUAGCUGUGUGAAUUAAGAAUUUUUAGAACGUUAUUUAUUGGGUUAAAACUGGUGGUUUAAUAUUUGGGUUCCUGGUCUUCUCUUUUUGUAUGCGCAAAAUAGAUGGGAAGAGGAGGGAAGGUAAAUUGUAAGAGAAAUUUUAAGAAUAGGGUUAGGUCUAAAGAUAAGGGGUCUGAUGAUUCAGAUGAGGAUUAUGUGGUUGAAGUUGAGAAAAAUGCAUCUGAUGGUGAUUCAGAGGAUUUGGGGAAUUCUUUAGAUGAUUAUGCUUCAGAAGAGAGUUUUGGUAGGUAUAUAGAAGAGGAGGAAGAGGAAGAGGAAGAAGAGUUUAGGAAUGUUGUUAGAUCCAAAAAUAACAAGGGUUUUCAACCAAAUGGGAAAAUUGGGGCUAGAACCUCACAGAAAAGAAAGAGAGUAUCUUAUGAGGAGGAAGAUGAGGAUUAUGUUCAUGAUGACGAUGGUGAUGAUGAUGAUGAGGAAUUCACUCCAGAUGAAGAAGAUGAUUUUCUGGAUGAGGAUGAAGAAUUGACAGCAAAAAAGAAGAUUAAUAACAUGAAAGUGGGUAAGAGGAGGAUUGAGAAAAGGGGCUCCAGGCGUGGUCCAAAAAAGCAGAGGAAAUCCAGGGUUUCAAAGAAGCCUUCAGGAAAGAAAGGAAGAAACAAUCGUAGGUUGAGGAAGAAAGAAAGGUGUGAAUACGAUGAUGAAUAUGAUGUUGAUUUUAUAGAUGAUAGUGCAAUUGUAAGAGAAAAGAGCAGGGAAAAUUCAGAUGUGAGGAGGAGGAGAGACACUGUAUAUUCAGAUUCAGAUUUUAUGCCUUCUGGAUCAUCUGAUUAUGAGUUUACAAUCUCGGAGGAAGAGAGAGAGCAGGUAAGGGAAGCCAGCUACUUGUAUGGUGAACUAAAGACGAGUUUGAGGUGCUCUUCGUCUAUAAAGAAAAUUCAGGAGAUUGGGGUUUUAUGUGAACAAGGAAAACCCAUUGCAAGAAAAGGCAAGGAGAAGGUAAAGGAAGUAAGAACAGAUGUUGGAAAGCAGGUGUGCGGAAUUUGCCUCUCAGAAGAGGAUAAAAGGAAAUUGCGGGGGACGCUGGACUGCUGUGGUCACUAUUUCUGCUUCACUUGCAUCAUGGAGUGGUCAAAAAUAGAGUCACGUUGCCCUUUGUGCAAGCGGAGGUUUAAGACAAUAACUAAGAAUGGAAGAACAGCUGUGGGAGUUGAUCUGAGAAAUGUGGUAAUAGAAGUGCCCGAACGUGAUCAGGUCUAUCAACCAUCAGAGGAAGAAAUAAGGAACUUUAUUGAUCCAUAUGAGAAUGUGAUUUGUACAGAAUGCCGUGAAGGUGGGGACGAUGGCCUCAUGUUACUUUGUGAUCUCUGUGAUUCACCUGCACAUACCUAUUGUGUUGGUCUUGGGCGGCAAGUACCUGAAGGCAAUUGGUAUUGUGAUGGCUGUCGACCUGUUGCUGUUGGAUCCUCAAGCUCCCAAGCUCAGGAAUCUUUGCCUGGUCAAAGGACAACAAGCAACAUGUUUAAUAGGCCAUCUCCUGUUGCAAAUAAUGGAGAAGGUUUAGACCCCACUUUAGAGCCUUCACCUCGUUUUGCAUUCUCUCAAGGAGUUGGAAAUUUGUCAUCUCCCAGAUUUUCCUCUGGGGAUGUUCAGGCGGCUUCUCCAGUAUCUGGAGCAGGGGCGCCAACUCUGUCAGUGAGACGUCAGAUACACCGCCAUAUACAAAAUCUCCUUUCUAUUAGCAGAAUGAAUAAUAUGGCUGUCAGAGCUGAUGGCAUUUCAGCUGCCAACUUGCAUAGUGACCCUUCAAAUCCUCAAAUUGAUCAAUGUAGGGAAACCACUAUUCAAAAUUCAAGGACACAAGAAUUAGGGUCGUGGCAAAGUACAUUCCUGGAUGUGAGAUUACAAGACCAUCCCUCUUCUUCAUUGCAAAAUGGAGAUCUUUUUUCUAUUAGAUCAAGCCAAUUGAGAACGCAAGCGGUUCAGGAUCCUUCUGUUACAACUACUGAGAGGUCUGUCAGUUUAACAUUAUGGCCUGAACUCACUGGGAUCAACUCUAUAUCUGGCUAUGAGCAAUUCCAUCAGUGCAACAGCAGACUGGGCAUUGCAUCUGAAAUUAAUUUGGCACCUCACAAAGCUAGAGAAGAGAGUCAAUUCUAUGUGGUAAAGGAACAAUUGCAAUCAAUGGUUAAAAGCCACUUGAAAAGCUUGUCUCAGGACAUUGAAUUAGGCCCUGAUACUUUCAAGGAAAUUGCAAGGAGUUCUACGCAUACCAUCUUAGCUGGUUGUGGUCUUGAGCACAAGAGGAGUGAAGUCCAAUUUAUGCCCCCACCAUCAAUUUGCACCCAUGGUGAGAGGAUGGCUGCUGGACAGACAAGUAUGAUGAAAGGUUUUUGCUCAUCUUGUUUUGAUUCUUUUGUAAGGGACGUAGUGAAGAGGAUCAUGGACACAAGACUGCCACAGUGGUUAAGUUUAGGUCUUUAAUCUUUGACGAAGGAGUGUUUUUUUGGCGCUCUCUUUUUCGUUAGGAGUUUAGGCAAACAUUUAUCGUUAAUUAGAUAUCAUAUAAUUUACUGACCUCGAGCAUUGAAGGGCUCUAUUCUUAUUUGACACGAUACUCAUUGUUAAGACGAAUUCAUAAUGUUGUUAUUACUGAUUCCCUUUCUUUCUUGUU